GCAGUAAAAAAUCGGUGGAGAAGCAUGAGAGAGCGCUUCGGGAAAGAAUCACGAGAAGGAGCAUCUGGAAGUAGUGCUAGCAAAUCGACGGAAUGGCACUUUUACAGGCAGUUGAUGUUUUUGAAGAAACAUAUACUUCCACGUCAAAUGCAACAAACUACCAACUGCUUAGUGCUGACUUCAUCUCACGAAGCUUCAUCUUCACCUUCACCUGUAAGCGUUCCGCAAACUUCUCACAAUUCUCAACAAUCAACUACCAAAAAAAGAAAAAUUGUGGAUCGCGAUGAACUGGGCGCAGCCGUGUUGAAUGCAACGGCAACAUUUGAUGAUUUCAUCAAGACAAAAUUUAAGGUCCCGCAACACAAUGAAGUAGUUGAAAGCUUCGGUGAAAUGGCGAAGGCCAUUUUAUCAACAUUUGACAACAAGAAGCAAGCCAGAGUAAUAAAACAAUGCUCUGACAUACUCUUGGCAGCUCAAAU